CCGGCUCCGGGCCGCCCGCCGCGGGUUCAGGGCGGACCAUGCGCCGGACCGGCCCGCCGCCCGCCCGCUGGCUCUGCGUGCUGGUCAGCGCCCUCGCCUGCGCCCUCGGCCGCGAGUGGCCAGGCAACCAACCUGCAGUGGGAGGAGGAAUGUUACCAUCUGCGGAUGAUCGAGGUGCAGCGCAAGAGGUGCCUGGAGGAAGCCCAGCUGGAGAACGACACAGCAGGCUGCAGCAAGAUGUGGGACAACCUCACCUGCUGGCCAGCCACCCCUCCAGGCCAGGUGGUUGUCUUGGCCUGCCCCCUCAUCUUUAACCUCCUUUCCCCAACUCAAGGCCGCAACGUGAGCCGUAGCUGCACCAGCGAGGGCUGGAUGGACCUGGAGCCUGGCCCCUACCCUGUUGCCUGUGGCUGGGAUGACAAGGCGUCAGAUUUGGACCAGCAACAGCGGUCAAUGUUCUACAGUUCCGUGAAGACCGGCUACACCAUUGGCCACAGCCUGUCCCUUGCUGCCCUUCUGGUUGCCACGGCCAUCUUGAGCCUGUUCAGGAAGCUCCACUGCACCCGGAACUACAUCCACAUGCACCUCUUCAUCUCCUUCAUCCUGAGGGCCGCCUCUGUCUUCAUCAAAGACUUGACCCUCUUCGACAGCGAGGAGUCGGACCAUUGCACCAAGGGCUCGGUGAGCUGUAAGGCAGCCAUGGUCUUAUUCCAGUACUGUGUCAUGGCGAACUUCUUCUGGCUGCUGGUGGAGGGCCUCUACCUGCACACCCUGCUUGCCGUCUCCUUCUUCUCUGAGCGGAAGUACUUCUGGGGGUACAUACUCAUCGGCUGGGGGGUGCCUAGCACAUUCACCGUUGUGUGGGCCAUCAUCAUGAUCCAUUUUGAAGAUUAUGGAUGCUGGGACACCAUCAACUCCUCAUUGUGGUGGAUCAUACAGGCCCCCAUCCUCACCUCCAUCUUGGUGAACUUUAUCCUAUUUAUUCGCAUCAUCCGAAUCCUGGUUCAGAAACUUCGGUCCCCAGAUGUUGGGAAGAGUGACAGCAGCCCAUACUCGAGGCUGGCCAAGUCCACCCUUCUGCUGAUUCCCCUGUUUGGAGCACACUACUUCAUGUUCGCCUUCUUUCCCCACAACUUUAAAGCUGAAGUGAAAAUGGUCUUCGAGCUCGUCGUGGGAUCUUUCCAGGGUUUUGUGGUGGCCAUCCUCUACUGCUUCCUCAAUGGCGAGGUGCAGGCGGAGCUGCGGCGGAAGUGGCGGCGCUGGCACCUGAAGGGCAUCUUGGGCUCGAAGCUCAAAUACCAUCACCCCUCGGGAGGCAGCAACGGGGCCACGUGCAGCACGCAGGUGUCCAUGCUGACCCGCGUCAGCCCCGGCGCGCGCCGUUCCUCCAGCUUCCAGGCCGAAGUCUCCCUGGUCUGACCGCCGGGCGGCCACCCCCGGGGACGGCACCGUGGACGGAGGCGGGCCCCGGCCCUGGGCUUGGAGACUGUCCCGACCCCCAGGCCACUGUCCAGACGCCCCUAGAGAUCUCUGCCCUGGCGUUUUCCCGAGGAGAGGAGGGCGCACAGAUGCGGGAGCCAUUUCUCCGCGAGCAGGUGCGCUGAGUGCUCGGACCCGGGAAGGUGCGGGCUGGAGCUCCGUCGGCAGAGGGGGACGCAAAGUCCCCUCCGCAAAGUCCCCUCCACCGAUCGAGGGCCAGAAAUCCACACGCUCACCUGACUCCGCGCCCGUCGCUCUCAGGAGCCACCCAGGAAGGCCACCGCCGGUCCCCUCACGGUGCCGGUGGGAACGUGGAGUGCGCCGAGGACGCAGAGAUCUUGCUCCUAAAGGCCACCCGCCGCCACCACCUCCACAGGGCCUGAAGCUCCGCCGUGGCUGUCAAGUUCCUUUGGGUGAAGCAUUGCCCUUUCAGGCAUCUCUUCCAAGAUGCAGUCCCCUCCCCCAGCGCCGUCCUCGGGGCUGCCGGCUCCUCCCUGUGGAGGAGUUCCUCUGCCUCAGGCAGGUGCGGGUCUGAUAGGGAGUUUCGUUUGGGGUGCACAGGUGUGUCCAGAGUCCCCGCUGAAGUGGAGCGGUCCCAGGAUGGCUGGGACAGUUGAGACUGCUCUACGAGCUGUGGAAGCUUCCCUUGUCUGUCCACCUGUGUGCCGACUAUUAGAACCAGGCUCAGAGACGGGCACUCCUGAGGCCCUUACUCCUCACAUACUCAGUAAGGUGGGAGCUUCGGUCCCUAUUUCUCAGAUCAGGACACAGUCUCACAGAGCACGGUACCUCGCCUGUCACCCAGCUAGGGUUUGAUCCCAGCUCUGACUGACUGGCAAGUGAAAGCACAGGCUCUUAACUGCUGCAUUUUAUAUAUUGUAACAAGCUGAAUCCUCUUGGUUAUUUGUAUCACCACUAAUAUUAUUACCACCCUGCCGGCAACGCUAUUCCCACCCGACCCAGCCUGGAGUGGGGCCGAGGAGUCCUCUGCCCCCUAUGUCAUCCAGACCAGAGACUGCUGGUUGUGGCAGCCUAUGUCUACCCUGCACCCUGCAGCCACAUGGCUUCCUGCCCACGCCCCAGCCAGAAGACCCCCUCAGUUCUGCAAACAGGCUUGUACAACAAUAAAUGGUG